CUUACAGAAUGGAAAGUAUUAAAUUGUGUGACACCUUAAUGUAAUUUAUGGACCACUCCCCCAAACCUUUCUAUCUGACAAAAUGAUAUCAGGGUAUAUUUAUAUUGUGUGUCCACCAUGGUCCAGCUAUUAAACCAGCUCUAAAAAUCAGAACCUUCCCAAGUUAGAUUGUGAUAGUUAGAUUAUAUGCAAUCAAUCAAUUUAUAUGGUAUUAAAACAAUAUUUUUUUCUACAAAAGAGUGUAGGGAUUACAACAAAGGCAUUCACCAUUUAAGUCUAUAUUGUGCUUUUGUUGUGGUUAUUGCCAAACAAAUGUGCAAUUAUAAUGAUAAAUUGAUUCCCAUACCAUAAGACUUUAGGACCCCCGAGACAAUUGCCCACAUUUCCCUAGAAAUUGGCAAUCUAAUAACAUAAUAUACAAACAUUUGUGCUUGGUUAUCCUCUUCACAAAAUGCACCUUAACUACGUAUGUGUUUUAGUUUUUGAAAAUAUUGUUCGCUCACCAUUACUUAAUAUGAAAUAAUUAAUACACUGAUUGAUUGAUGAAUAUUUGUCUACUAAAUCUGAACAUUAUGCAGGUUUUUUUUCUUCCUCUUUAUCUUCAUCUUUAUGUACAUCAUUUAUAUCUCUACAGGGGACGUAAUGGAUCUUGGAAAGAAGCACAGCAUUCCUCAAGACAUUAUGUUGGAAGAGUUAUCAUUGCUUUCCAACAGAGGUUCCCGGCUUUUCAAAAUGCGCCAGAGGAGAUCUGAAAAAUAUACAUUUGAAAGUAUACAAAAUGAGGCAAACACACAGCUGAAUAAUGAUAUUUUAACUCAUACACACAAUGUGGAAAUUAAAGUGGACGCACCAGCCGAUGGAAAUACUGUUAAUCCAGAAAUCACUAUUUCAGACAUGACUGCAGAGAAGGUAACAGCCACAACUAUGCCCAAUUCCUACCACUCCCCGUGGGAUCAGGCAAUCCUCAGUAACCCCGACCUUGCCGGAUCCCUCAAACUGACCAUGUCAGGACCUGACCCACGACCAGACCUUCCUGAGUACAAAGCUUUAACCGGGUUGCCACUCCUUUUGGUGGCUUUGACAAAGCUCCAAGAGGAAUCACGUUCAAGCUCCUGAGGUGGACCUGAACCC